AUAUACUACGGACGAUCCGUCAACAAGGUGUUCAACCAAGACUUCAUUAUAGACAAACGGUUCAAGAUCGUAAAGGAGCUUGGCCAUGGAGCCUAUGGUAUAGUAUGCUCCGCCAAAUACGACGAUGGAUCCGGCAACGACGACAUCACCACCAACAAUAAUGAUGCUGCUGGCAACUCGUCAUCAUCUGAUGGAUCGUACGUGGCCAUAAAGAAAAUCACCAAUAUCUUUUCCAAAAAGAUAUUGUGCAAACGGUCGCUCCGUGAGCUAAAGUUGCUCCAGUUCUUCCGCGGUCACAAGAACAUCACCUGCUUGUACGAUUUGGACAUCAUUCCCAAUCCGUUGAAUGGUGAGUUCAACGAAAUCUAUUUGUACGAAGAGUUGAUGGAGUGUGACAUGCACCAGAUUAUCCGGUCGGGACAGCCACUCACCGAUCUGCAUUACCAAUCUUUCAUCUACCAGGUGUUGUGCGGUCUCAAAUACAUUCAUCUGGCCGACGUGUUACAUCGGGACUUGAAGCCGGGCAAUCUCUUGGUUAAUGCUGAUUGUGAGUUGAAAAUCUGUGACUUCGGGUUAGCCCGAGGCUUCUCGGAGAACCCCGAACAGAAUGCCGGUUACAUGACAGAAUACGUAGCUACCAGAUGGUACAGAGCCCCUGAGAUCAUGUUGAGUUUCACCAACUACUCGAAGGCUAUUGAUAUCUGGUCUGUAGGUUGUAUUUUGGCUGAACUCUUAGGAGGAAAGCCUCUUUUCCGCGGAAAGGACUACGUAGACCAAUUGAACCAGAUUCUAUUGGUAUUAGGCACUCCGAAAGAAGCCACUUUGACCAAGAUCGGUUCUGUGCGAGCACAGAACUACGUCAGGUCACUUCCCUUGAUGAAGAAGGUGAGUUAUAGCGAGCUUUUCCCUAACGCUAACCCUUUGGCACUUGACUUACUUGAGAAGAUGUUGACUCUUGACCCAUUCGAGAGAAUUUCGGUCGAAGAAGCAUUGAGCCAUCCUUAUCUUGCCGUGUGGCACGAUCCACAAGACGAGCCCGAGUGUCAGGUCAAAUUUAACUUCAAAUCGUUUGAAACGGUAGACAAUAUGGACGACAUGAAACAAUUGAUCAUAGACGAAGUAAAGAAGUUUAGAGAGUUUGUUCGUAAGCCCAUCCACGAACAGCAGCAGAUUCAAUUACAGAUCCAGUUGCAACAGCGGCAAAUCGAAGAACAAGAAGCAGCAGCUGAAGCCCACAGAAAGGAACAAUUGCUCGAACAACAGAGACAACAACAGCAGCAACAACAACUUCAAGACCAACUCAAUGUCAUGGAUAUCGUUGAAACUCCGGCUUUCUCCAAUAACGCUGAUGUUCAGUACUACCAGUCGAUUCCCAAGCCCCAAGAGUUGGACGAGUUCACUUUCUCUCACGGCAGUAACUCAGCUGCUGCUAACGACUUGUAUGAGAACAAUAGCUUACAGUACCAGAAUCUGCAGACGCCAGCUGAGUUUCAGAACCAGUCUGCUUCGGACUUGUUCCGUUUGGAAGAAGAGUUGGGAUUCGGUCUAGAU